CGAAAUUCCCGCCGUUCCCAUGGAAUCCCAGUGCGACUAUUCCAUGUAUUUCCCGGCCGUGCCCUUCCCGCCCCGGGAAUUCCUGGCGGGAGAAUCCGGAGGGUACCGGGCCCUCCCCCGCCGGAACCACCUUUACCUGGGAGAGACCGUCCGCUUCCUGCUGGUGCUCCGCUGCCGCCCCGGGAAUUCCGGGAAUUCUGGGAAUUCCGGGAGCUCCGGGAACGCCGGGAACGCCGGGAAUUCCGGGAAUCCCGGGAACAACCCCCCUCGCCCCCCCUGGGCCGAACUGGCCACCUCCUUGUCCGCCUUGGCCACGGUGGCUCCCGGAGGAGGAGCCGGGGAUUCCUCGGGAAUUCCUCGGGAUGGGGACGGAGCCGGGAAUGACGAGGGGGACGGGGAGGACCCGGAGGCUCCCGCGGUUUUCCGGGAAUGCCGAGCGCUCCUGACCCACAGCAAGGGGCCCCCCGGCUGCCCCGGGGCCGGGGUGGGUGACGGAGGGAACGGCGGGAAUUUCGGGAAUGUUGGGAAUGGCGGGAUUGGGAUGGAGAUCGUGGUGACAGUGUGGCAGAGGGACGUGGAGCCUCCGGAGCUGCAGGAGGGGGGGGGUUACCUGCGGCUGCUCCAGGGCCGCGCCCCCGCCCAGGUGUUCCGGCAGCACCGCGGGGCCUUCAAGGCGCAGGGUGGGCACUUUGUGUCCCCUGAGGUGUCCCCCUGUCCCCUGCCAUGUCCCCUGACGUGUCCCUUGUCCCCAGAUCGUGGUGACAGUGUCCCCCUGUCCCCUGACAGCCACCACUCCGGGGAGGUGCCCGUGGGCGCGUUCUGCCGCGUGUCCGGGGCGGGCGCGGGCUGUCCCUGUGCCCUCAGUGCCCUGGAGGAGCACAACUUCCUCUUCCAGCUCCAGGCCCCCGAGAGGCCCCCCGAGGACGCCAAGGAGGGCCUGGAGGUGCCCUUGGUGGCCGUGGUGCAGUGGUCGACGCCGAAGCUGCCCUUCACCAGCAGCAUCUACACCCACUACAGGCUGCCCAGCAUCCGGCUGGAGCGUCCCCGUUUCGUGAUGACGGCCACGUGCGAGUCGCCGGUGCCGGCGCGGCGCCGCUUCACCGUCACCUACACCCUGCGCAACGAGCUGCAGGACUUCCUGGCCGUCAGGCUCGUCUGGACACCCGACACCGGUGGGGACAUUUGGGGACAUCCAGGGACAUUGGGGACCAUUGGGGGGGGCCUGGAGGUGCCCUUGGUGGCCGUGGUGCAGUGGUCGACGCCGAAGCUGCCCUUCACCAGCAGCAUCUACACCCACUACAGGUCUGGCUCGGUGAUGGAGCGCAGGGCCAUCACCCCCCCCGUGGGGUCCCCCGUGGGCCGCCCCCUGUACCUGCCCCCCGACAAGUCGGUGCUGGCCCUGGACAAGAUCGCCAAGAGGGAGUGCAAGGUCCUGGUGGUGGCACCCGUGCAGUGACACCCUGGGGACAGCGGGGACAGCGGGGACAUCGAGGGACGUCGGGGACAGCGAGGACAGGCCACCCUGGGGGUCCCAAACGCGCCCAGGGACCCCCUUGGGGGGCUGGAGCUGCUGCUUGGAGGUGCCAAGGGAGGGGGCAGAGGGGACACGGGGAUGUCCCCAAGCUUGGGGACAACCCCCAAGUGUCCCCAAGUGUCCCCAAAGUGUCCCCAAAGUGUCCCCAGGUGUCCCCAGGUGUCCCCAAGCUUGGGGACAUCGAGGACGUGCCACCCCGGGGGUCCCAAACGCGCCCAGGGACCCCCCCGGGGGGCUGGAGCUGCUGCUUGGAGGUGCCAAGGGAGGGGACAGAGGGGACACGGGGAUGUCCCCGAGCUUGGGGACACCUUGGGGACACUUUGGGGCGUUGUCCCAAAGCUUGGGGACACUUGGGGACAUCAAGGAUGUGCCACCCCGGGGGUCCCAAAUGCGCCCAGGGACCCCCUUUGGGGGCUGGAGCUGCUGCUUGGAGGUGCCAAGGGAGGGGACAGAGGGGACACGGGGAUGUCCCCAAGUGUCCCCAA